AUGUUUCGGAAUACACUAAAUUUAAUAUAUGUUCAACAAAGAUUCUUAAAUGUUAUACAUCGUAAAUUUCAUAUGACAUGUCAAUUACGUUGUGGUGUUGUGUCUUAUAUUUAUAAUUCACCAUCUGUUAAUAUUCGUUCUAGCGAAGAUAAACAGCUGUUAUUAAAUAGUUUGAAUGUUUUAAAACAUCGUGGACCAGAUGGACCGCCAUCGUUAUGGCAAAAUGAAGAGAAAACAGUUGGUCUCGGUCAUACACGUUUGUCUAUAAUUGAUUUAAGUGAUCAUGGUCGACAACCAUUACAUUCUUAUGAUAAAAAAUUACAUUUAUCAAUGAAUGGCGAAUUAUAUGAUCAUGAUCGUUUACGUAAACAAGCUAUUGAAAACGAUGAAUAUGAUUUUACAAGUGAAAGUGAUAGUGAAAUUGCAAUGUAUUUAUAUAGAAAAUAUGGCUUAGAAUUUGCAAAACAUUUACGAGGAGAAUUUGCUAUUACAAUGUAUGAUGAAGAACGAAAAUUAUUUAUUGCUGUACGAGAUUGUUUUGGUAUUAAACCAUUAUAUUAUACAUAUCAUGAAAAUAAACUAUUAUGCGCAUCUGAAAUUAAAGCAUUAUUUGCUUUUGGUGUUCCAGCUAUUUGGAAUGAAGAAGUCAUUUACAAUAUCGGACAAUACCAUAGUUUACAAUCUAUAUACAAAAAUAUUCAUCAACUACCACCAGGUCAUUUAUUAGUAGCUACUGAAAAUGGUACAGUCAAUAUAUCAAAAUAUUAUGAAACAUCAUAUAUAACUCGAGAAGAAGAAAAAAAUGAGAAACGCACAGAACAAGAAAUGAUUGAUGGUGUGCGUGAGCAUCUUUUUAAUGCAGUUCGUCUUCGUAUGCGAGCCGAUGUAAAAGUUGGUAUUUAUUUAUCAGGUGGUAUUGAUUCAUCUGUAGUAUUAGGAAUGGCAACGACACUUACUGAUAAACCUAUUGAUACAUAUUCAAUUGCGUUUAAAGAUCAUCCAUUUUUUGAUGAAGAAAAGUUAUGUAUUGAUACAAAUAAAUUUUUGGGUCCAAAUAAAACUACAUCACAUAUUUUAGAAAUAACACAUGAACAAUUAGCAGAAAAUUUUGAAGAUUGUGUUUAUCAUUAUGAACAUCCAUUGGCAGGUACUAGCCCAGUAGGGAAAUAUAUCUUAUCAAAACUUGUUCGAGACAAUAAUGGAAAAGUUGUAUUGACAGGAGAAGGAAGUGAUGAAAUAUUUUCUGGAUAUGUUUUUUUUCGUAAUGAUUAUCUAUUACAUGAUCUUCCAAAUGAUUCAUCGACCUAUAUUUCAAAGAAUGAACAAGAACGCCAACAAAUAAUAAAAAUUUUGUCGUCAAAUAUUUUUAGUAGUGUCUCCGUUCUUGAUGAUAAACAACGUAUGUUAGAUUGUAUUCAAUCAAUUGGUUAUUUUCCAUCGCAUUAUCGUUCAUUUUUUGGAGUCUGGCCAGAUAUUUUUGCUCAACAGCUCAAAGAAAAGUAUAAAAACUUUCGUUUAGACAAUGUUUAUUUUAAUCAAUCAUAUCUCUAUGAUUAUCAUAUAAAAAAACAAAUGAUUAACUAUGAAAUAUCACGUGUUCAUUCAAGUCAAUAUAUUUUUCUCAAAACUAUAUUUCAAAAUAUUCUUUUGAAAGCAUUUAGUGAUACAUCAGAAAUGGCACAUUCUGUUGAAGGACGUCUAGCAUUUCUUGAUCAUCAUCUGGUCGACUACGUUAAUCAUUUACCUACAAAUAUUAAAUUAAAAUUAAAUAAUGGUGUCAUAACUGAAAAAUAUGUUUUAAAAGAAGCUGCUCGACCAUAUAUUACUAAUGAUGUUUAUAAACGAGAAAAACAUCCAUUUACUGCGCCACCAACAUUAUUAAAUCCAAAAUCAAAACUUUAUCAAUAUGUUCAUGAAACAUUAAAUUCUCAAGAUAUGAAUCAAUUGGAAUUUUUAUUCGAUAUUAAAAGAUUACGUAAAGAAUUAAAUGAUUUACAUAAAAAUCAAGAACAAAAUAAAAAGUAUUCGUUCAGCGAAUUGGCAGGCAUGGAAGGACAUUAUUUGACGAUAUGCAGUUGUUUAACUUUAGCGAAACGUUUUCAUAUAAAACACGAAUAG